ACCAACACCAUUUUUUUAAUUGUUGCCCUUUUAGCAUGGUAUUUAGUUGAAUUCUUUAGGCUUUGGCCGAUCAUUCGUUUCAAUCAUUUGAUAUUUUUAAUUGUCUCUGAACCAGUUAAUAUGAAUGGGAAAAAGAGGGACUUUGGAGGAAUGGAGCAUGGUGAUGAUCAGGCUGCCCUUCUUGACCCGGCUAAAAAAGCACUGAUGCACAUUGUGCAAGAUGACUCAUUUAGGGAAUUUGAAUUCAGGCAGUAUCUAUUUGCCUGUCAAGCAAAGUUGUUGUUUAAGCUGAAUCGUCCAUUUGAAGUUGCAUCAAGGGGUUAUUCAUUUAUAAUCAGCUUUUCUAAGGGAUUGGCCCUCCAUGAGAAUAGACUUCCGUUCUGUAUGCGUGAAGUAUGGGUAAUAACUGGAUGCCGGGAUUUAAUAAAUGCCACCACUUCAAGGUAUCAAGAUGGACUUGUGUCACCUGAUACAGAAAAGGAGUUUUAUCGUCUAAAAGGGGAUCUCUACUCCUUAUGCCGUACUAAGUUCAUGCGGCUUGCCUAUUUAAUUGGCUAUGGUUCCCAUAUUGAAAGGAGUCCCGUCAACAGUGCUUCACUUAGCAUGCUCCCUUGGCCUAAACCCGCUGUCUGGCCUUCUUUGCCACCUGAUGCAUCAUCUCAGGUUCUUUUGAAAGAAAAGGCAAUUCUUCAAGAUUCUUCACGGCCUAACCAUUUUGGCAUUCAGAAGAAACCACUUCCUCUUGAACCAUCCAUAUUGUUGCGGGAAGCAAAUCGUCGAAGAGCAUCACUUUCCGCAGGAAAUGCAUUUGAAAUUUUUGAUGGUCAGCCCAACACGAUUGAUGGUUCAGGUUUAAUAUCUCCAUCUCCCAAAGUACAUGCAACGUCUAUGCUGCGAACUUAUUCUUCACCUGGAUUUGAAAGCUCCAUCAGUCGACCUAUGAAGCUAUCCGAAAUAUUUGUUGCGGCUGAGCGCUCUUUGCAAACUACAAUUUCUGAUAAAGAGCUAUGGAAAUCAUUGUCCUCUCCGGAGGAAUUUGAGAAAAAAUAUUUGGAACUGUCAAAGGGUGCCGCUGAAAACUAUCAUCAGUCAUGGUGGAAGAGACAUGGAGUUGUUCUUGAUGGUGAAAUUGCAUCUGUCUAUCAUAAGCUUGGAAACUUUGAUAUUGCUGCCAAGUUGUAUGAGAAGGUCUGUGCUCUGUAUGCUGGUGAAGGUUGGCAGGACCUAUUGGCUGAAGUCCUUCCAAAUUUAGCAGCGUGUCAAAAGAUACUGAAUGAUCAAGCUGGUUAUCUCUCUUCCUGUGUGAGGCUACUGUCAUUGGAUAAAGGGUUGUUUCUUAAAAAUGAGCGCCAGGCAUUUCAGUCUGAAGUCGUCCGUCUUGGUCAUAGUGAAAUGGAGCACCCUGUGCCUCUAGAUGUGUCCUCCCUGAUAACAUUUUCUAGUGAUCCUGGGCCUCCACUGGAGCUAUGUGAUGGGGAUCCUGGUUCCCUCUCUGUAACUCUUUGGAGUGGAUUUCCUGAUGAUAUUGCUCUUGAAUCACUGAGUCUCACUCUUACAGCUACUAAUAUCACUGAUGAUGGUGUAAAGGCUAUAAAACGCUCUGGUGCUACAAUCUUAAAUCCUGGAAGGAAUAAAAUCACAGUGUCUUUACCUCCUCAGAAACCUGGUUCGUAUGUUUUGAGUAUUCUUACAGGACAAAUUGGUCAAUUGAGAUUUAGAUCUCAUAGCUUCUCCAAAGGAGGACCUGCAGAUACUGAUGACUUUAUGAGUUAUGAGAAACCAACAAGGCCUAUCCUGAAGGUGUUCAAACCAAGAUCUCUGGUUGCUCUAGUGGCGGCUGUCUCAUCUGCUUUGCUUAUCAAUGAGCCUCAGUGGGUAGGAAUAGUUGUCAAACCAAUGAACUACUCCCUAAAAGGUGCUGUACUUCACAUAGACACUGGACCCGGUUUGACUAUUGAACAGUGCCAUGGAAUUGAAAUUGAGAAGCAUACAGAUGGAUCUCAUAAUGAAUCUGAUUUGGGUGACCAGGAAGGUUUGAAAGAUGAUGGUAACCAAGCUUCUACAGAAUCAAAGCAAUUGUCUCUUCAUGAUGGAAAAGUUGAGCUGCCAGACUGGGCUAGCAAUAUAGCUUCUGUUUUAUGGAUCCCUGUUUGUGCUGUCAGUGAUUGCAUUUCUAGGGGAACUCUUGCAGGAGAAGGCAUAUCCCAGAGACAGAGUGUUGUAGAUGGAAUGAGAACAAUUGCUCUAAAACUUGAAUUUGGAGUAUCUCAAAAUCAAGUAUUUGAAAGGACAAUGGCUGUACAUUUUACAGACCCUUUCUGUGUGAGCAUACGGGUUACGGACAAGUGCAAUGAUGGCACUCUGCUUUUACAGGUAAUACUGCAAUCACAAGUGCAAGCUUUGUUGACCAUAUAUGAUGCUGGACUUGAUUUACAAGAUGGAUUUUCUCACACCGGAACCAGCAAUGGGAAAUCGAUGUCUCAAUUCUUCCCGUUGACACUUUCUCCAAAAUCAAAAGCUUCAAUCUUAUUCAGUAUAUGCUUGAAGGAGGAUGGUGUAAAAGAGGCAGAUGAAGCUAAAAUGCAGCACUCAGAAAGCGUGUUAAAUAUUACAUAUGGGAUUUCGGGUGAUAGAAUGAUUGGAGCUCAUUGCCCUAUGGCUGAGGAACGUAAUGAACCUGAUGACACAAUGCUGAAGCUGACGUUCAAGAGCUCUCUUGUUUUACGGAAACCUGUGCUUGACCCUUGCUUUGCAGUUGGCUUUCUUCCACUUUCCAGUGGUCUACGAGUUGGGCAAUUUGUUACAAUGAAGUGGAGAGUUGAAAGGCUAAAAACAUUAGGUGAAUAUGCUGCUUCUGAAGACAAUGAUGAAGUUUUUUUCGAGAUCAAUGCAAACUCUGAUAACUGGAUGAUUGCAGGGAGGAAAAGGGGACACGUCCCGCUGUCCAUAAAACAAGGGGCACGAAUAGUCAUUUCAGUGUUGUGCUUGCCACUAGUUUCGGGAUACGUUCGUCCCCCUCAACUUGGCUUGCCAAAUGUGAAGGAAAAUAUUAGUUGUAACCCUCCCGGUCCUCAUUUGGUUUGUGUUAUGCCUCCAACUCUGAGUUCUUCCUUUUGCGUGCCAGCCUGAGCCAUUUGUGAGCAGUUUUCAUGUAUAAAGAUGGUUUGCUUGGGUCAUCCAUUCAUCUAAACACAGAAGAAAUGGAAGGGCGCCAGAAGUGGACAUCAGUUUUCCCUGCCCAGAAAACUUGUACCUUGUGUCAUUGUGUGUAUUAUUUCUUUCCUGUUGGAGUAGCGGGUAUUUACAAACUCAGCCCCUCAAACAUUCACUGUUAUUUCACUAUUCAAUGUAUUUUUUCCAUAAUUUUUAGUCAAAGCCUCCCGAGAGACUCUCUCGAGCUACACUACUUCCGUUAAGCUUACGGGUGCUUAACAAACCGUUACAACCUGAGAACUCGAGUCCCACGAGCCUCAACAACACUUGCUCGGAGAUACCGCACUCCAAGACUUCAACCCA